GUGGAUGCGGAAAAUUCAUCGAAGGCGAGUCCAAAGAUAUGUAUAACGUCCUUUAUAACAUAUUAGGACAGUUACCUAAGGAUACAAAGAUUUACUGUGGCCAUGAAUCUAUGUUGAGGAAUCUUCGGUUUGCGAAUGCAAUAGAUCCAAAUAAUAGUCGUAUUCGUGAAAAGCUAGAAUGGGCGCAAACUGUCAAUUCCACUGUUCCUACUACUAUUGAGGAAGAAUUAGAAUAUAAUCCUUAUUUACGACUUUC